ACAGAAGCUCUCCCAGUUGCCCAGCCAGACGCAGCAGAACUUCCUCAACAUCAAGAACCGCCUCAACAGCCUCAUGCCUCAAGAUGCCUAAGAAGCAGCAACAGCAGCAACACAAGAACCAGCAAGAUGUUGAACUGAACCGGCUCGUCCGACACUCCCCUCUCCCUCCUCCUCACCAGCCCCGGUCCCGCUCCCCGUCCCCGUCCAAUGGGAGCGGCCUGGAGCUGCCCAAUGUCCCGUCCUACUCACGCCUGCCACCAAUCGUCAGCCCCCCGUCAAAGGAGCUCAACUCACCGUCCCGCCAGCUGUCGGGUCUCUCUAACCCGGCCUUCUUCAUCGAAGACGACUCAGACGUUUCAGCAACAAGACCCACAGAAAGCUCCACCCUCAGCCUGCGUCCAGCAGUCAAUGUAGAGGAUGUCGACUCGGACCAUGAGAAAGGAGGGGACGGAGGAGGAGGAGGAGGAGGAGGAGGAGGGGAGGGACAGAGCAAUAUCCCCCAAAUCCUCACCCCUCAGGACCCCAAGAUUAUAACCCUCACUGUCCCUGUGACCCCCUCCAGAGGUCGUCAAAGCAAAGCAGAUAAAGAUAGUGGAAGGAGUCGUAGGACUAUCUGGACAAAGAUUAAGACCCUUCAUUCUCAAAGUGAAGAUGAUGAUGAUUAUGAAGGAAGCAUCCCUGUCAGAGCCUGGCCCAGCCAGUCCAGCCUGCACAACUCAGAUGACAUACUGAAAGAACGUCCAGCAUCGUCAGCCAGUCAGACCAGCACCGUGGUCAACGAGCGCCUGCAGGAGCUGGUCAGGAUGUUCAAAGAGAGAACACAGAAGGCGAAGGAGAAACUCAUCGAACCGGAGAGCUCGGAUGAAGACAGCAUCGUCCCCUCCCCUCCUCAGGCUGCUCCUGGAGCUCCGCCAGUGGACGAAGGAGAGAAGGAGGCACAACCAGGUCCAUCAGGAGCAGGAGGAGGAGGGGAAGGAGGAGUGGAGAGUGGGAAAGAGGAGGUGCAGUCUAGCCGCUGCUGCAAGGUGAAAUCUCCCCGGUGGCUACAAGCUUGUGUGCACUACCGCUUCCCUGCCAGCAUCGACCCUUUCACCAACCUAAUGUACGUGCUGUGGAUGAUGUUGGUCGCUCUGGCGUGGAACUGGAACGCGUGGUUCAUCCCAGUGCGCUGGGCCUUCCCCUACCAGACGCCAGACAACAUUUAUUACUGGCUGCUGACCGACUACCUGUGUGACCUCAUUUACAUCCUGGACAUCACCAUCUUCCAGCCGCGCCUGCAGUUUAUCCGUGGAGGAGACAUCGUGUGUGUCAAAAAGGACAUGAGAAAGAAUUACAUGACAACCAAACGAUUCAAAUUGGAUGUUGCCAGUCUUGUUCCCCUGGAGCUCUUCUAUUUUAAAACGGGCAUCAACCCUCUCCUUCGCCUACCCAGGCUGCUGAAGAUCAACUCCUUCUUUGAGUUCAAUGAGCGUCUGGAGGCCAUCUUGACCAAAGCCUACAUCUACAGGGUGAUCCGCACCACCACCUACCUCCUUUACUGUCUCCACUGCAAUGCCUGUCUUUACUACUGGGGCUCGGCCUUCACAGGAAUUGGAUCAACCAAAUGGGUGUACAACGGCGUAGGCAACAGUUACAUUCGCUGUUACUACUUUGCGGUGAAGACCCUGAUCACCAUCGGCGGUCUGCCAGACCCCACCACCCUGUUCGAGAUUGUCUUCCAACUCAUCAACUACUUUGUCGGAGUCUUUGCCUUCUCCAUCAUGAUUGGACAGAUGCGUGACGUGGUUGGUGCGGCGACAGCAGGUCAGACCUACUACCGCACAUGUGUGGACAACACCAUCAAAUACAUGUCCACCUAUCGCAUACCCAAAGACGUGCAGAACCGUGUCAAAACCUGGUACAACUACACCUGGCAGUCACAAGGCAUGCUGGAUGAGCAGCAGCUGCUGAGUCAGUUACCAGAUAAAAUGCGUCUGGACAUUGCUAUCGACGUCAACUACUCCAUCGUCAGCAAAGUUCCUCUGUUUCAGGGUUGUGACAGACAGAUGAUCUUUGACAUGCUGAAAAGCCUUUACUCUGUCGUCUACCUGCCCGGGGAUUAUGUCUGCAAAAAGGGCGAGGUGGGUCGGGAGAUGUACAUCAUAAAGGCAGGGGAGGUGCAGGUGGUUGGAGGACCAGAUGGGAAGACAGUGUUUGUCACUCUCAGAGGGGGAUCCGUCUUCGGAGAGAUCAGUUUGCUCGCAGUAGGCGGGGGCAACAGGCGCACAGCGAAUGUCAUCGCCCACGGAUUUGCCAAUCUCUUCAUCCUGGACAAGAAAGACCUGAAUGAGAUCCUGGUCCACUACCCCGAGUCCAAGAAGCUGCUCCGCAAGAAGGCCAGGAAGAUGCUUAACAAGGGGAAGAAACCUGAGGCCAAAGAAGAGGCGAAGGGUCCCCCUCAGGUGCCGGCAGCGCCCGUCAGACCAGAAACACCCAAACUGCUGAGAGCGGCUCUGGAGAUGGCCCAGAAGUCCUCUGGACUCAAAGGAGCUCUGGCUAAAGUCAAAGAGAAGACGAGCAAGUCCAGCGUCUCAUUGCAGCCCUCCUUCUCCUCCACCUACAGCUCCGGACCUGACAGAGACGUGGACACACCGUCACCCAUGUCUACCAGCUCUGCAACGCUUCGCUCGACCUCCCACUGCCCCAACAACAACAACAACAACAACAACUCAGUGAGGCCUCACUCUGCAUCAAGGAGCCACGGUGACGUAGACGAUACGCUCGCCGCGGACCAAAGAGAGGAGGGAGUCAGCGGGGUGGAUGGGGACGAGGGCGCGAAGAAGAAAGGAAAGACGUUGUGAUCCUUCUUUUGAAGGACGAAGAGAGAAAGUGGAAUGAAGAAAUGCUCUUUAAAGGUCAAAGAGGACUAAACACUGCAAGGGGAAUGAAAGAGAGAACAGUCGUUCUUUGUCUGGUCGAGCUGAUGUGCCGAUGGGGGUGAGGUGGGUGUUCCCCUCUGACCUAGGACCACUAACCCAUUGUGUCAUUACAGCCUUGUAACCCACCAGUGUGUCAAAUAUCAUCUACACAACUUGAGCUGGUGUCGGGCGCGCUGCAUUAACCACCAAGAUGAACACUGUGUUGAUCUUCAUCGAUCUCAGUCCUCCUCCGGUUAAUCAAACACAUCCUCAUCAUCUACUGAGUUCACAUGCGGCGAUGACGAUGACGAUGGCUCUGUGUGCGAAGGCGUAGUUAGGCCACAACUGUGAACUUAGAUGAGUCUUUUCUACAGAACUGAACUUCUUGUCUUUUCCAAAACAUUCACCGAUGUUGUUGCUGACUGUUGAAUUCUUUUGUAAACUUGAAAUUACAAUUUGCCUUACACGUGUCGUAACUUAAUGUGUUCUGUACUGCCGCGGGUCUGAACGCACAGACCGAGUACACCUGCAUUUAAAGUUGUAACGGCAUUAUCUUCUGUACCUCCAUCAUAGGAUAUGUUAGCCGUCAUGUUGACAGGUCCUUGUAAAGUCAUCCCAUGUUAUUAUAAAUAGAUUUAAAGUCUGUCUUUGACUAUCACAGUUUUAAGCUUUGCUAGAUAAAUCAUCACCUAUUACCUCCAGCACUGGAUUUGACAUGCUAAUCAAUGCAGUCGAUGUAUCAAUAAUCACUAACGUAAAAAUGUAGCCAUCGAUACAUGUAAUACCAUGUUUUACACAUUUUAUAACUAAAGUUAACAAGUGUGCGUCCCUGUUUUCUCUGUUUUGUACAAUAAUGUUUGGGGGAUUUAGAUGAAUCACACGCGUUCAUCGGAGAUCACUGUCCUGCUUCUUUGUGUCGUGACAUGUACAGACAUUAUAAUAAUGGUAAAGAUUUCAUUUGGGCUGUAAAUGUGUUACGGACUCGGUAAUGAUGUCAGAUAUAUUGUUUUUUCUAUAGAUUGUUAUCGAUAGAGCCCCAGAAGAAGAGCUCAUAGACCAGCUGACCAUUGCCAGACACUCUGUAGAAAAGAUUAUGAAUGUCCUUUAUGGAUUGUGUGUGUGUGUGUGUGUGUGUUUGAUAGAGAGAGAGAGAGAGACGUGUACAUAAUGGACUCAAAUGUGUGUGUAUGAUGAUGCCCUUAACAUUGUGUCACAUAUGUAUUUCUGUAUUUUGUGAAUAAAUGACCUGUUUCAGCUUAA